GCCGCACCACUCAAGUAAGUGAGAGCGAGCGAGCGAGCAUCCAUCCAUCUCGCUCGCUGGCCGUGCACGUCUCGGCGUCCGUCUUCCUCCCUGCAGCCCAGACUCGUCCGUCCUCUUCCUUGCACGGGCGGGCGGGCCUGCCUGCCGGACUUGCCGGACCUGCCGGAACGCUCAACCAACGGAGCGGAGCGGAGCGCCAUGGCCCGCGUGGUGCGAGAAGCAGCGAUGCCUGAGUCAACCGUGGGAGUAGGUGUGAUGCUGAGCCGGCGGAAGAGGAGUAAAGGCAGGCGGAGAAAGCGAAAGGACUUGUUCGCCCUGCAGAUGUGCUUCAUGGGGAUUCUGCUGGGACUCGUUGUUGGCCUCAACAAUGUGGCACACAAGGAAGCACACCACGUUUCAAGCUCCGUAAUACUGGAAGAGCCGAGGUGGGAGAGUCGUCACCUUCUGCAAGACUUCUAUGACAAUCAGUCGAAGCGCUUCUCGGAGCUUGACAGAAACUGCACCGAACCAGCUAUUCACGAGUUCCCCAGAGACUACUUCACAAACCAGGAGCGCAUUGACGGAGCCGUGGGAUUGCAUGUCCUCUGUGCUGUCUAUAUGUUCUAUGCCUUGGCCCUUGUGUGUGACGAUUACUUCGUCCCCUCAUUAGACAAGAUAUGUGAGCGUCUUGAUCUCAGUGAGGAUGUUGCAGGGGCAACCUUCAUGGCUGCAGGAAGUUCAGCGCCUGAAUUGUUCACCUCGGUCAUAGGAGUAUUCAUUACGAAAGGGGAUGUUGGGGUUGGCACCAUCGUUGGCUCAGCUGUCUUCAAUAUCCUCUGCAUUAUUGGAGUAUGUGGGAUCUUUUCCAUGCAGACCAUCCAUCUGUCCUGCUGGCCUCUGCUCAGAGACUCCACCUACUACACUCUGUCUAUCUCUGCUCUUAUUGUGUUCAUAUAUGAUGAAAAAGUGGUUUGGUGGGAAGCACUCACCUUGAUUCUGAUGUAUUUCGUCUAUAUUUUGAUCAUGAAACUCAACUCCCAUGUGGUACGCUUUCUGGAGAGGCAAAAGAAGAACUCAUCCAGUUUAAGGAACGGCGCCGCUAGUAACGGCGAGCUAGACGAUGGCUCUGAUGCGACUGCCGUCCUGCUGAAAAAAGCAAACCACCACAGGAAAACAUCCGUGUUGAUGGUUGAUGAGCUUCUUUCAGCAUACCCCCACCAGUUGUCCUUCUCAGAAGCCGGCAUGAGAAUCAUGAUCACCAGCCAUUUCUCCCCGAGAACACGCCUCACCAUGGCCUCCCGAAUGCUCAUCACUGAGAGGCAACGUCUGAUCAACACACAAACUUUGAUCAACGGCGACUCGGACGGGCCCGCGAAAGGAGCGGCGGCGGCGGCGGGCAAGCGGGCUAUAGAAAACGGGCUGUCUGGAGCAGAACGCGGUGUCAACGUGCGGCGGGAGGAUCACGAGGCAGGCAAUGAGACGGAGAACGAGGACAAUGAGAAUAACGAAAACGAUGAGGAGGAAGAAGAAGAAGAUGGAGAAGGACCUUUUGUGCCCUUCCAGUGUCCAGCGGGUAUAUGCAACAAAGUGAAGUGGCUGCUGGCCUGGCCUCUGUGCCUGCUGCUCUACUUCACCGUGCCCAACUGUUCCACGCCACGUUGGGAGAAUUGGUUCAUGCUGUCGUUUGUCUCCUCAACCCUGUGGAUCGCCGCCUUCUCCUACUUCAUGGUUUGGAUGGUAACGGUGAUUGGCUUCACUCUGGGCAUCCCCGACGUCAUCAUGGGCAUCACCUUCCUGGCAGCUGGGACCAGUGUCCCCGAUUGUAUGGCCAGCCUCAUCGUGGCAAGACAAGGAAUGGGAGACAUGGCGGUGUCCAACUCCAUCGGUAGCAAUGUGUUUGACAUCUUGGUGGGACUUGGCCUCCCCUGGGCCCUGAAGACACUAGCCAUCAACUACGGCUCCGACAUCAAGUUAUACAGCAAAGGACUGAUUUUUUCUGUCGGCCUUCUGUUGGCGUCUGUGUUUCUGACGGUCAUUGGCGUUCACCUCAACAAGUGGACGCUGGACAAGCGCCUCGGUCUCACGUGUCUCCUCCUCUACUCCGUCUUCCUGUGUUUCUCUUGCCUCAUCGAGUACAACAUCUUCACCUUUGUCAACCUGCCCACCUGCAGGGAUGACUAAGCCACACGCACACGCACACACUUUCCGACGUGGCAUUUGAAGUUGAAUAGGAUGGCAGCGUACCAAAAUUGCAAAUCUUAUUAACGAGAUUAAUGUGCAGACAACGUUCCCUCAGUGGAAAUCACAAAUGUGUGUAUUAUUUAUUUAUUUAUUUAUCUAUCUAUUUAUCAGUAUGAAAAGAGGAGGGACGGCCCACACGGGAUGACAACGGCAGCGACAAGCACAGCUCUCUGAUGUUUGUUUUGUUUUCCUCCUGUGACGACAUUGUCGACCGUUCUCGUUUUGAGGAAACGGUGGAAUUUAGCACUGUGCCAGCCAUGCGAUUCCAAGUCAAUAAACUGGUAUGGGCUCGCUUGUUCUGCAAAUGAGACAAUGUCCCAGCUGUCAUUAUCUGAGCAUACAUAUUCC